AUGGCUGACGCCCUCGCCUCACAACUUCAAAACACCACUCUUGGGGACGGCAAACCAGAAGCCAGACUUCAGGACACACUUAAGCUGCCCCCCAAAGAUGCUCGACCCCAGACUGAGGAUGUCACGGCCACCAAAGGCCUUGAGUUUGAAGACUUCUACAUCAAGCGGGAACUCAUGAUGGGAAUCUUUGAGGCUGGGUUUGAAAAGCCAUCUCCCAUUCAGGAAGAGACGAUACCCGUUGCGCUCACUGGCAGAGAUAUCCUUGCCCGUGCAAAGAACGGUACCGGCAAGACUGCCGCCUUUGUUAUCCCAACCCUUGAACGCAUCAACCCGAAAAGCACCAAGACUCAGGCUCUGAUCUUGGUCCCGACAAGAGAACUGGCUCUUCAGACUUCGCAGGUGUGCAAGACUCUGGGCAAGCACCUGGGAAUCAACGUCAUGGUCACUACUGGUGGUACCGGUCUUAUGGACGACAUUAUCCGGUUGAAUGAUGCUGUUCAUAUCCUGGUCGGUACACCCGGUCGAGUCCUGGAUCUCGCUUCAAAGGGCGUUGCCGACUUGUCCGAGUGCCCUACCUUUGUGAUGGAUGAGGCCGACAAACUUCUCUCCCCCGAGUUCACUCCCGUCAUUGAGCAACUGUUGUCAUUCCACCCCAAGGAUCGCCAGGUCAUGCUCUUCAGUGCCACCUUCCCCCUCAUUGUCAAGUCCUUCAAGGACAAGCAUAUGCGCAACCCGUAUGAGAUCAACCUUAUGGACGAGCUUACCCUGCGUGGUAUCACCCAAUAUUACGCUUUCGUGGAAGAGAAGCAAAAAGUCCACUGCCUCAACACCUUGUUCUCGAAGCUGCAGAUCAACCAAUCCAUCAUUUUCUGCAAUUCCACCAACCGUGUCGAGCUUCUGGCCAAGAAGAUCACUGAACUGGGCUACUCUUGUUUCUACUCGCACGCUCGGAUGCUCCAGCAGCACCGCAACCGCGUCUUCCACGACUUCCGCAACGGCGUAUGCCGGAACUUGGUCUGCUCCGACUUGCUGACUCGUGGUAUCGAUAUCCAAGCCGUGAACGUGGUGAUCAACUUUGACUUCCCUAAGAACGCUGAAACUUAUCUCCAUCGUAUCGGUCGUUCCGGACGAUUCGGUCACCUGGGUCUGGCUAUCAAUUUGAUCAACUGGGAGGAUCGAUUCAACCUGUACAAGAUCGAGCAAGAGUUGGGCACUGAAAUCCAACCCAUCCCCCAAAACAUUGACAAGAAGCUCUACGUCUAUGAUUCUCCCGAGAACAUUCCUCGCCCCAUUUCCAACCCUGCACAGCCCAUGCUCACGGGCUCUCAGCAACCUGGCCACGGUGAUCGCCAGCCUCGGCGCCAGCAGCACCAUCACCAGAACGGCGGGCACUACUACAACAACAAUAACAACAACCGGGGCCGAGGAGGCUCUUUCCGGGGCGGCCGCGGCCAAGGUCCCCGACGUGGCCCACAGCAGCACGACGCCAAUAAGGCAACCCUUGCACCGAGUCAGGUUGGCCCGAAGCCCCCGGCGCCAAUUUCUUAG